UCCCACCAAUUUCCAACUCCCCUCUGCUACCUCCAUAAAUUCAUUCACAAAAGAAUACGCCGUCACCAGUUUCAUUUUUAUUGGAGAUAAUAAACUGGCUUGCUCUAUUUAGCUCUGGUUGCUUGAGCUUCUUAGCCCUUUAUUGAUUCUGGAAGAUAGCAAGAAUUUGCAGAGGUUUAGUGCAUUCGAAGAAUGAAACAGUUGUAUCUGAGGAGCAGAAGCCUCAAGCGUCUCUUCUCCUCCCUCUCUCCCUCAGGCAUCUCCAAGAAGGGCUCUACUGAAACUUCCAUUGAUUCCGGCAAGGCCGAGCCUGCAGUGAAACCAGCACCGAAGCCCACAUGGAGGUGCUUCUCCUAUGAGGAGAUUCACAAAGCUACUAAUGGAUUUCAUCAAGAUAACUUAGUUGGAACUGGAGGGUAUGCAGAAGUUUACCGGGGAGAACUCGAGAACGGCCAAGUAAUUGCAGUGAAGCGGCUGACAAGAGCAGGCAAUGAUGAACAGAAGGAGAAGGAGUUCUUAACAGAGCUGGGAACUGUUGGUCAUGUCAGGCAUCCCAAUAUAACUGCAUUGUUGGGCUGCUGCAUUGAUCAGGACCUGCAUCUCAUCUUCGAGUUCUCUUCUCGUGGCUCCGUUUCUUCCAAUCUCCACAGUACAAAUUCUCCUCCAAUGGAAUGGAAACUCCGGUACAAGAUUGCUCUCGGAACUGCUCGAGGCCUCCAUUAUCUGCACAAGGGAUGCCAGAGGAGGAUCAUUCAUAGGGACAUCAAAACAUCAAACGUUUUGCUGUCAGAUAGCUUUGAGCCUCAGAUUUCAGACUUUGGGCUAGCAAAAUGGCUUCCAACAGAGUGGAACCACCGUGCCGUCGCACCGAUCGAGGGCACCUUUGGAUGCUUAGCGCCUGAGUACUUCACACAUGGGAUUGUGGAUGAGAAGACUGAUGUAUUUGCAUUUGGAGUUUUCAUAUUGGAGAUGAUAUCAGGGAGAAAACCAGUGGAUGGAUCCCACAAAAGCCUGCUUAGCUGGGCAAGACCAUAUUUAAAUGAUGGAAAAUUAGAAAUGUUGGUAGAUGCAAGAUUAGGAGAGGAUUAUGAUAUUAAUCAAUUGAAGAGACUCACCUUCAUAGCUUCCUUAUGCGUCAGGGCAAAUGCAGCAUGGCGACCUUCCAUGACAGAGGUGUUGGAUCUCAUUGAGCAUGGCGAUAUGUCGUCGGAGCGGUGGAAGAUGCCAGAGUCGGAGGAGGAAGAAGAGGAUGAUGAAUUUUGGAUUUUUGAUGAUCUUGAUGACUGUCGCACGCCAACAUCAUCAUCAUUAUCAUCAAUGGGCAGCUCCUAACAUCAUUAGCUUAGUAAUCAUAUCUGAGCUAAUCUAAGUUCUUAAUAUGUGUGAAAGAACCCUUAUAUGAUGGAUAGUUGAAUGAGCAAACCUAACCCCAUUGUAAAAUAAAAAAGGGGGACUGUAUAUAAUUAACCACACAUUUGUAUCUUUGUAGUAGUUUUCUACCCUUUUUUAAAAGUUGUUUGUGUACGGUCAAUGGACUUAUCCCAUAAAAAAAUGAAGACAAAUAAAAUUUCUACUGCUGUUGGUCUAUA